AUGGUGGAUAGGCAGGGCGCACUAUACACCAUGUCGGAGGAAAAAGCCCAGCUCCAUUGGCGGCGAUCCCAAGCCGCCCGCUUCCUCCUCCGCUGGCCCUCCCUCCACCUCUGCCACGUCAUCAACCGCGAGCGCCACGUAAGCGUGGGUCUCCACGUGGCUGCCAGCCUGGCACCCGCCGUUGCCAGCCAAGCGUCUCUCCUCCACUCCCUCUCGUCUGGUACUGUUCCCGGCACCACCGCAGCUACCAACACGACGUUUGCAGUCCGGUAUUCCAAGAAUCUGCCGAAUACAACAGAGGAGGCAGCUGUGUUGACUGAGGCUGGGAAGGCUAGUGCACAAGCGCAUGUGCUCUCGUCCCCGCUGGGCGGGGAACCCUACCUGCCUCGUCCAAUAGCAGCUGUACACGUCAGCAGGGGGGAUGAGGCAAGGACUGAAGGAGCAGGAGAAAAGGCAGGAGAAACGGCAGGAGAAACAGCAGGACAGUGGGGAGAUCAACGGACAGCAGAAGUAUCGCAAGCACUGCAGCGGCUGCAGUGGCUGAAUCCCGACCUCAGGAGAGUGUGUCUAUCUGGAGAUGCACGUGAAACGCCCAUCCAGCAGCAUCUGGAGGAGCGUGGUUGGGCCCUCCUACACUCCACUCUCGCCCGCAACCCACCUGCUCUGCUGCCUGCUGCUGCUGGUGCUGCAGCCGAUGCAGCAGGAGCGGGAGCAAAAGCAGGAGGAGGAGGGGAAAGAGAUGGAUUGGGAGGUUCGGCCUCAGCAGCAGCAGGAGCAGAUGCCUUGCCGGAAGCAGCAGUUGUGUUUGCUGACCUGCUGACAUCAUCCCUUGCCGAUUUCCUCAUUGCUGGCAUCAGCACAGAAUCAGGCAACUUGAUUCACGAGCUUAGAUGCACCAACGGGCGCCUCUUCUCCCCCGUGUGCGAUUUGAUCCUCUGA